AUGCGAUGUGCAGGAAACGACAGUUCUUCGCUUGCUUCAUCAGCAGGUGAUACUUCGCCUGCUGUUGCGAUUCAGCAACAGGCGGUGCCUGUUGUAAACAGUCCACGUGGUGAGUCACCACGUGCGACAGGUACAUCCGCUGCGUCUGCAGCGGGCACUGCGAAUCGCAAUGCAGAUGAGCCUGAAGUAAAACUUGUUUAUUCUGGAGAAUCGGAUGAUGCAUCCGACUCGAAGUCGACACCUCACGCCUCCAAAUCAUCCGGGGCGGACACUGCAAGAUCCAGGUUGACUGGCUCUGGGGAACGUGGCGGCAUCAGGUUCGAGAUCUUCGGACCAAGAAAUUAUCCUGACGAAUUCUCGUCUCCAGAAAGUCCAUACGACUAUAGGACGCGUGGGUAUGGUGGUGAUGCACCUAUUAAUCACCACGAGCGAAGUUAUUCGAAGUAUUGGGGUAUCACUGGUGUCAGUGCUCAUGCUGGCACCUAUCAAGAAGCCAGGGACCGAAAUGUCCUGCGCCGCGCUCCCCAAGUGGAGUGUCCGUGGAUGCCGCCAUCCAGAGAGUUGGAACGGUUGGCCGGCAUGACUACCGAACGGGAUCGAAUCCCGCUGUUCGACUGCAGGGGUAUUUGCCCACCUAAUUCCAGCACGAAAACUAUCCGUGCUGAGGAUGAAUACUUCACCGAUGCGUUUUCAAACAUCGGUGGUACAAUGGCAACCGUGGUCGAGACGGUAAGGCCUUGGUGCAAGGAUGGAAUGCCCUCAUUUAAAACAUCGAGUGCAUCGGCCGUGAGGCCUGGCUCGCUAAACUUGAUGCAGCUCGCAUCAGGUUUGAGAAGCGCAACCCAGUUGGGGCGCGAUACAAGUUGCACCGGCUGUCAAGAGAGGCAGGGUUACCUUGUCUCUCGUGGAGUGAUUCGUGUCCAGGUUGCUUGA